CCUCCUCCCUAUAAGCCAAAGGAAGCCGCUAGAUCUCCUCGUCGGACCCCAAUCCUCUUCUCAAACGCCAACCAAAGAAAAAGCCCUGGGGAAAAAAAUUAAUCCCCAAUCCCAUCUCCCCAAGCUCCAAAGCCCCGAAAUUUGUUCUCCCUCCCGGACCAUAACCCUAAAUUCCAUCGAAAGAGAGCAAGAAUUCUUCUCCUCCGCCCUUGGCUUGCUUUUUUCAUCGCAGCCCAAGGAGGAGCUGGGGUUUCGGAAAGUUGUUUUUUUUCCAAGCCCUAACCCUAAAUCUUGCGCCGUUAUCUUGUUUUCUCUCCUUCGUCCGUCAUAGCGGCGGAAGGUGAUUUAGUAAUCGGGAGCUAGGGGGAGAUGUCUUCGACCUCGGGGCAGCCGCAGUUCCGGUACACGCAGACGCCAUCCAAGGUGCUCCACCUCCGCAACCUGCCGUGGGAGUGCACGGAGGAGGAGCUCGUCGAGCUCUGCAACCCCUUCGGCAAGAUCGUCAACACCAAAUGCAACGUCGGUGCCAAUCGCAACCAGGCUUUUGUCGAAUUUGCGGAUCUUAAUCAAGCAAUUUCAAUGGUCUCGUAUUAUGCUUCUUCAUCUGAGCCUGCACAAGUUCGUGGCAAAACUGUUUAUAUACAGUAUUCAAAUAGGCAGGAAAUUACAAAUAAUAAGAGCUCUGGAGAUGUUGCAGGGAAUGUCUUACUUGUCACUAUUGAAGGUGUUGAAGCUGGCGAUGUUAGCAUAGAUGUCAUUCAUCUGGUGUUCUCUGCCUUUGGAUUUGUGCACAAAAUUGCUACCUUUGAAAAGGCUGCUGGUUUUCAGGCAUUAAUUCAGUACACUGAUUCAGAAACUGCUUCAAAUGCAAGAAAUGCCUUGGAUGGAAGAAGUAUUCCAAGAUACUUACUUCCGGAGCAUGUUACCUCUUGCCACUUGCGUAUCUCAUUUUCUGCACACACGGAUUUGAAUAUCAAGUUCCAAUCACAUCGUAGCAGGGAUUACACAAACCCUUAUCUUCCUGUAAACCCCUCGGCUAUUGAGGGAACUUUACAGCCUGCAUUGGGUCCAGAUGGAAAGAAAAAGGAGCCUGAGAGUAAUGUACUUUUAGCUUCUAUCGAGAAUAUGCAAUAUGCUGUGACAGUCGAUGUUCUUCACAAGGUGUUCUCGACAUUUGGUACUGUGCAGAAAAUUGCAAUUUUUGAGAAGAAUGGUGGAAUGCAGGCUUUAAUUCAGUAUCCUGAUGUAACAACCGCGGCAGUUGCCAAAGAGUCUUUGGAGGGACACUGCAUCUAUGAGGGUGGUUAUUGUAAGCUUCAUCUGUCAUACUCUCGUCAUACUGAUCUCAAUGUAAAGGCACAUAAUGAUAGAAGCAGAGACUACACGAUUCCAGAGACAGGUAUGCUUACGAUGCCCCAAGCUCCUGGUUUGCUAACUGGUGCCGCUGGUUGGCAGGCUAAUCACCAGGCUGCAACCAUGUAUGCGGGUAAUGCUGUUGGUGCACCGGCGCCAGGUCCCAAUGGGCAAAUGCCCACUUGGGAUCCUAGCGUACGGGGAGGGGCCUAUGUCGCGGCUCCAAGCACAUACCCGGGACAAACAUUUGCACCGCCCCCUGUUUCCCAUUACCCUGCUUCAGCAGCCAUCUCUAGUGCUCCAGCUGAAUCACUUCAAGCUUCACAACCAAUGCCUCAGUAUGGUCUGCUGCCAAAUGCACGGCCACCUACUACUGCAUCAGCUGGUCAGCCUCUGUAUUACCCUUCGUAAGCUGUAUCUCCUCUGACAUCUUCUUGCCUCCUUUGCAUCUGUUGUUGCAAGUAUUCAAUGAGUUUAUUCUAUCAAUGAUCUGAUGGUACUUUGAAAUGACUCUUUUCGCUGUAUGUUGGUGGUUUUCAUCAGAGAUGCUUUGUGUAGCUUGGAAACAAAUUGCCCUUGUUGAAUGUUGCCUUAUCCCAAUUUGUCCUACCUUCUUUUCUCAGAAAA